GUAAACAGAAAAGGAGUUAUGCCUUGUGCCUGAUACAGUGGCAGGCUCCCCUGAUGAAUUUCAAGUUAAAUACUAUUACCUAAAGUGUGCUAUAUACAGGAAAAUGGAAUUUCAUAUGAAAAACUAUAGUAAACAGGGUCAUUCUUAUGGCAUAUAUGAGAAAGUCUAUGCUAUUGCAUUGAAAAGAAUCAUGUUAUUUUCUCAUUUAUUACCCAGAUGGAGGAACAUUAUUCUUUAUUCAGUAGGGAUGACUGGCAGCAGGGCCCCAUCUCCUGCCAUACUGGUCAUUGGCAUACUAUGUGGUCAGCUUAUUCCGAAACUUUCAGUUCCUCUAACUUUCCCCAGCAACUUAAGCUUCUCUGCUCUGUCAUGUCAACAGAAUCAAGCAUGAGGCCAUAGUCCCAUUCUUCCUUUUUUAUGGGCACCUUAGAUAUGCCCACCUUUUAAAUGUUUCUUCUUUAAGUAAGUUCUUGGCUUAUUCUCUGAAUGCUAAAUGACAGUAUUAGGGAGUAGUGGGAAAUAAAUAUCUAUUUAAAGAUCUUUUGAGGGGUAGAGGGAGAGGAAAGACAGUACUAUCAUCUUGUCACUACCCAAUCCACAAAAAUGGAAAAGAUAAUAAAGUAAAAAAGCUUACCAAGAAAAUCAGGAUUAAGAAGAAAUCUCCUCAAAUGUGGCAACAGAUCUUCAGGGAAUAAGCUAGAAAAACCUAUAUCUUAGACUUUUAAAAUACUGUUUAAAAUCUACCUCAGGAGGAGGACUAGGAUUGGUACAUGGUUUCUUUGCCAUGUUUAUUUACAGAAUGAAGAUAACGUUUCUUUCUCAAAGUUAAAUAUACAAGUGAUACGUUUUGACUUAGGGGAUUACAACAAAACACAAAUCUUACUGAUGUCAACGUUUGAAAAACAGCAGCAGUAUAACCACCCCAGCUUGGUUUCUUUGCAGUUGUCCUGGAGAUAUAAACAGUUGCUGAAUAAAUAUAUAAAUAGAGGGAAUAUUUUUGUUUGUUUUCCCUAAUAUGGCUGUGUUCAGUAAUGGCCAGCACGUGCUCCAGCCUAGCAACACAUCAAGACGGUGGGACACCUGAAAUCCCAAAGGAAGCCUGAAAUGUCUAAGAGUGGCAAGCAGGAUGGCCGCUGAUUUAGGUUGGCAUCAUUGAAAUGGUCAGCCCUCCUGGUGCCAUAAUCAAUGAGAUAGUGUCAUUGUUGAUUCCACAAUACAAAGAGGACAGGAGUAGUGUGGGGUGAGAGCCAGCAAUAGUCCACGAUGCUGUACUGCAUGUAGCCCAGAAAAAAGCCAAAAGCCACGUCGGUGACAUUGUGCCGCCCCAGCAUGACCCUGGAGAGGCCCAAGACGAAGGCCCACAGCACCACCAGCACCCUCAGCGGAAUGGCCAGCACCAGGUGGUUCAGGAUGAACCUCGACACCAGGGCGGCCCUUGUGGCAUGGCCCGAAGGGAAGGAGUACUUGUCCACGGAGAGAGUGACAAACAUGUCCAUCUGGUUGUGGGCCGGGCGGCGCCUACGGACCAGCCCUUUAAUCAGGGCCACCAGCAGCAGGUCCAACAGCAGGGCAAAGAGCAGGUUCAUCAGCACCUCGCGCCCGGCCCAGCUGUCGCUCCUAGCCAGGCAGUAGAGGGUGCCCAGCAGCCAGGGGAUGCCGUGUCCCGAGAUCUCCAGCAGCUUCAUAAGCGGCCGCACGCUGCCCCAGGACGAGCUCUCCCCGGCGCACACCCCCAGCUUCUUGGAGAGCCACAGGUCAAUGGCCAGCAGGGAGCGCAGGGCGAUGCCCAGGAAGGAAGGGUUCAGGUCCAUGCGGUCCUCCUCGGGCAGCGGGGCCGGGGGCGCCUGCGGGGGGCCGGCGGCGGCCAGGGGGAAGGAGCCGCGGCGGUGCACCGGGCUCUCGGACGCGCGGAGCCGGGCACAGAUCUCUUGCCCAGGGGUGUUCCUGCCUGGCAAGCAAGAUGUGUACCUCGGGGUCUACCUCCUGAAUCAGUACCUGGAGACAAACAGCUUUCCUUCUGUGUUCCCUAUUAUGAUUCAGCAGAGCAUGAGAUUUGAAAAGGUAUUUGAAAAUGCAAUAGAUCCUGGAGCUGUAGCAGACCUUUUAGAAAGCUUCCUAACCAGGUUUGAAUUAAUACAGCUAGUGCCUCCAGCGUGGGACGAGUUGGCCUAUUAUGAAGAAAACACACGGGAUUUUCUUUUCCCUGAGCCCAAGCUGACACCUUCACACCCGAGGAUGUGUCGGGAGGUGCUCAUGAAGACGGCUGUAGGUUUUCCAGGCAUUGCUCCCAAAAUAGAAUUUUCUACAAGGACAGCCAUCAGAGAAUGUGUGUUUCUGCAUAGAAACAGAUUUCUUGAAGAAAGAUAUAAGUCACAAAGGCCUUUAUUUAUAUCACGUGGACCAACAUUCCCCUUAAAUAAUACAAAGAUGAAGCCAAAAGAGAAUAAUAUCGACAGACUGCCCAAAGGCAUGCAAUCCUGGGCACCCUCUCCCUGUUCUGCCAGACGUUUCUUCCAGGACCAGCCAGCUCAGUUGAACCUGGGAAAUCAUUUCAAAAUCUCUGGAGGAAGCAAGCCUCCAUUUGUAGUUAGACAUGUGGACAGUGCAAAGCCCUUUGGUGAGAAUAUUUUGGAGCAUCAUUUGCGGAAGUCUAGAAGAAAAUCUAAGUUUUCAGACUUUCCAUUUCCAUUGAGAAGAGCUUCUUCUCUUGACAGCCUUGCAGCUAACGUAAAGGUUAUCAAAGAGCCAGAUGAACGGAUUGUUUUAAGAAAUGAGUCACCAUCACCUUUAGGUUCAAGUAAGUUUAGAAAGCCCUUGCUCAGUAACCAAGGGGAUGCCGAUUUCCACCAAGAAACUUCAUUUGCCACCUCCCAGCAUCUCAGCUCUCACAGCCCUCUGGAUCAGCCCCUUCUCCGAGAAAGGUCCCAUCCUAGUUUCACGUCCACGUGGAAGAAGAUCCAUGAAAGGGUAUGCAGCCUUCUGACAUCCCACAGAGCUCAGCAGUACCUAAGCAAGGAAGAUUCAACCUCUGAAGUAAAUUAUAUCUGUGGAAAACCAUGCUACCCUCUGAAGAAAUACCCACUGCAUGAACAGAGAUAUUUUUAAGCUGCUGUCUUUUCACCACCUGUGGUACGUGAUAUUUCCAAUUCUGCAGGGGAAAACGAAUGGAAGCCGGAGGAGGAUCAUGAAGAGCUCUCUCAUCCAGACAACUGGCACAGCCUUAGAGAAGUGAGCAACAAUUUUUGUUGUCUGUAUCGAGUCACCAGUGUAUGAUCCCCUUUAAAUCAAACCCUAUACUCAGUCUUUUGUGCCCACCCAGGUAAGAGUUGUUGAUUAAAGUGUUUGCUGUUUGGGGCUCACAUUUUCUUGUCAUACUGGAAAAUGUGUAUUUUAGGUUGUGUGUUUGUUUUGAACAUGAAAUAGAAAAUCACAACAGUUGGCUGGUGGAUGCAUUUCCAUUUGGAAGGCACUCCUCAGAAUUCUAACUAAAAUGUCAAGAUGUCUUUUCAGGUGUUCUUCAUUUUUAGCAGUGGGUGUGUUCUUGAAAAGUUCUUUUUUCCUCCCUUUUUUCUGCUCUCCCUUUUUCCUAUCCUUUCCUCCCUCCCUAUUUCCCUUUUUCCUUCUCUCUCUCUCUCAUUCACUCACUCAACUUAAAUUUUACACAAGCUAGAGGAAGUUGCUGUUUAGAGGAAUAACCUGAUAAAUCCUCCAGGGAAGACUGUAAACUUGACUUUCUCUUUUUGAUAAAUCUGUUCUUUAGUGAUUUAUAUGUAGUCCACUGAAAACCUAGGAAAAGAGAGCAUUACAUCUGGAGAACUCAGAUCUUGUUUUGAAGGUUGAAUUUUUAUGGUAAAUUUGUAAGAGGGGGACAGUUAUUUUGGACUGUAGUGUAAACUACUCCUUUUGUUCCCUGACCCUGCUUUUCCCUGAGCAAUUCUUAAUAAAUUUGUCAGGAGCAAAACCUUCCUCAAAUAUUUCUCUAAAAGAACUACUUUAAGUAAAUAGGUUCUAUAGAUAUGACUGGAAAGACCAGAUUUUAAAUUGGUAGGGUGCCUUAUGAAAUGUUUACACAGAUUGAGGAAGCAGGAAGAGAAAGGGGAUGGGAUAAGGGGGACUAGAGGCACAUUUGUCUUCCUUGGCACAGAUCCAGAGAAGAAGGGGCCUGAAAAUGGAAACGUUCAUCCUUCCUUCAUACUAUAACCUUAGCAUUUCCCUCUACCAUGCCUGCUAUGGUCUGAAUGUUCAUGUACCUUCAAAAUUUGUAUGUUGAAAUCCUAACCCCAAGGUGGUGGUAUUAGGAAAUGGGGCCUUUGGAGAGGUGAUUAGGUCAUGAGGGUGGACCCCUCAUGCAUGGGAUUAGUGCCCUUAUAAAAGGGACUCCAGAGAGCCCUUCCACCAGGUGAAGACAUGGCAAAAAGACAGCUGUAUAUGAGCCAGGAAGAAAUCCCUCACCACACACUGAAUCUACUGGUACCUUAAGCUUGGACUUCCCAGUGUCCAGAACUGUGAGAAAUAAAUUUCUGUUCCUUCAAAAUUACCCAGUCUAAGAUAUUUUGUUAUA